AUGGUUCCCAACGAUUCACCGCAUAGGGGGUUCCCAGUUCCCCAAAAGUGGCCCGGCCAGGGGCUGGGUUUUUCCCCAUUCUCCCCCGGGAGCCCUCCACCAUUUCCCUUGGUGUUCGAGGGGCCAACUUCCCAGCCCGGGGCCCCGGGGAAACCAAAACCCGUCUGCGAAGGGGCCUGUAUUGAGGUUUGGGUCCCCAACAGAGUAAACCGCCCUGCGUGCGAUAUCCCACAUUCCUGGGGCUCAGUUUCAGUUUCUCCUCCCCAAAACCCUCAAUCAGUAGGCCUCAACGGUGACGCUCCAGCUCCCACCACCCCCACGGGGGCCUCUGCUGCUGGGCAAAAUCCCUUUGAAGAAAAAGGCUCAGGAACCCCUUUGCCCGGCAAAGGAAUCCUGACCCGUGCAAAAAACUCCGUUCCCAAAACCCCCAUCCACAGGGGCCUCCCCCUGUAG